CGCGCAAAAGCUCACAUAACAGGUGGAUUGUGUUAUAUAUCCCCAGAGCAGCCAAACCUGCAAGCCAGUACGACUACUAUAAGCGCUCUCUGUUUUCCCUCUUUUCUUCUUCUUCUUCUUCCUCUUUGUUCGUUUCGUCCUUUUUCAAAAAGGGAACGAAUCAUAAUUUGUUUGAUCCCUCCCCUUUCUCAUCCGCCAUUCCUUUCCAUCCCCGUUCUUCCUUUGCCCCCUUCACACCGCACCACACUUCACAAACAGACCGAAAAGAAAAGAGAGGUUCAUCAUGGGAUCGCUUCAGGUUCCUGAUACACUGCAAGUGAAACCCAGCAGCAGUACACCUUUACGUAAAGUAAUGACAUCGGGCAACUACCCGAAAUCCACACCGAGUUUACUACCUCAAAGCCGCUCGUUAAAAAGUACAAGUGCAGUUUCGGUGUAUGCAGCAGCUGCAUAUGAUGCCAACAAUAUCCGACGACAACGGUCUGAGUCGUUUGUACAGCAACGAAAAAGCAGAGAUCAUCACCGGCACGAUUUAGUACCGAGAGCGCCUUCGCAAAUUUGUAUGAGUCGCCAUUCACCAAUACGAGCUGCGACCUUGCCUCAACCAACAGAAUCGAUCGCAUCAUCGGAUGCAACGUCGUCGGAUUCGGAAGACGAGGACGAGGAUCACCAUAAUCAUCAUACCCACCCACAAGAAGAAGAGCAGCAGCAGCAGCAGCAGAGAAAACGCGAGAGUAGUGUGAGCAGUGGCAAUACAAUCAGCAGUGAUAGCACUACACAUAGUGGACGAGAGGAUGAAGGUGCUAUUCUAGAAGGUGUCAUGAUCCGUCGCGCGGUCCGACCGAGUUUUGUUCUGCCAACAAAGAAAGAGGUUGUCCAAGCACAAGCACAACAUCAUCACAACCAUCGUAAAGAGCCCAAAACACAACCCAAAGUCAUCACGGAUCGAGAAUAUUGGUCACCCCCACCUCUUUCACCAGACGCAUCACCCAUUGCUUACAAUGGAUUCCACGCCACAGACGAUCCCAACGCCGUGGUCUCCUCGCCCUUAUCCCCAACAUCAACCACAGCGAACGACUCUUCAGCAGCCAAAAAGCAGCAUUUUUUCAAGCUGAAAAAAAGCAACAGCAGUUCAUCCAACCAUUCGUUAUUUCAGUUCAGUAAACGUUUUCAUCAGCAUCGACACGAUCCAAAUCUUGCACAAAACUCAAACCUUGUAUAUCCUCCUCCUCCUGUAUCUUUUGGCGACAAUCCCGAAACCGAUCGCUAUGGAUUUAAAAAGGCUUCCCAGUGGAUUACUCUGGACGACCAUCAUGAAUUCGACGAGACAUACCAACCAACCUUAGAUCGACGACUCGGCAAAUGGCAGCAGUUGCUCGAAGAAUACGAGCCAAAGUUACCAGAACGAAGUUCAAAAGUCAAACGGUAUAUCCGUAAAGGUGUUCCUGCUCAUCUUCGAGGAAAAGUAUGGCUACACUACAGCGGAGCGGAGGCUAAGAUGGACUCCAACCCCGGUGUAUAUGCCAAAUUCCUUGGCAAGGCCGAAGAGAUGGGCGAUAGCAACGAGUUUGCGGAUAUCAUUGCACGCGACCUUCAUCGUACGUUUCCUGACAAUAUCCAAUUUCGAUCCAGGACACCAUCAUCGUCUACUGACGCACAACAGCAACAGCAGGAACAACAGCAAGAACAACCUGCAAUCAUAUCUGCAUUACAACGCGUUUUAUCUGCAUUCUCAGUCUAUUCACCCUCGAUCGGAUAUUGUCAAUCACUCAACUAUAUCGUGGGCAUGCUUCUAUUAUUCAUGAACGAAGAGGAGGCAUUUUGGACCCUGGUGGCUAUUGUACAGAACCUGCUGCCAGCUGGUGUCUAUGACGUUACGAUGGAGGGAUCCAACAUCGAUCAAACAGUGUUGAUGAUGUUGAUCUGGGAACGCAUGCCGCACUUGUGGAACAAGCUAGCGGAAAAGAAAUCUUCAUUUUGGGACUAUGCCGCAGAUGGCACGUCUAUGCCUACCAUUACACUCGUCACCAACCAUUGGUUCCUGACACUCUUCAUUAAUAUUCUUCCCAUCGAGACUGUAUUGCGAGUGUGGGAUUGCUUCUUUUAUGAGGGUGCCAGUGUUCUGUUCCGUGUCGCAUUGACAUUAUUCAAGUUGAGCGAAAAUGCGAUCAUGUCUUUGGACGAUUCUUUGGAAAUAUUCCAAGUGAUACAGGUAAAUAUUUUGAUAUUAAACGUGCAUAGAUGUGUGUAACCUUUCCUCUCGAUUGACACUAUUGAACACCACGUGUUAGAACAUGCCGAAAAAAAUCAUUGACUGCCAGAUGUUACUAGAUCAUACGUUUCGG